AGACUUGCUGUUUUCGUGCGGACACACUCUCAAGUCUCCUGUCCUGCUGCUUUGGCAGUGAGCGCUCUCCCACAGUGAAACGAUCCGUGAAGUUUCUCUUUCCCCCCCACUUGUUUCUUUCAGGGUGAACGUGCCUCGCCUUCCACGCGACCAUGGCGGGGACGUUUACGUUAUUAUCUAGCUGCUUGUUAUUUAUCUUCUCGCUCGCUGCGGAAGGGACGGGGGGCCGAGAAAGGCUCUAUUAUGUGGCGAUUGUUGAGGACUAUUGGGAUUACGCACCAAGUGGAAAAAACCUGCUCAACAACGUGGACGUCGCAAAUGAUGAGCAUGCGUCAGUCUUUCUGGAGAGAGGACCCCAGCGUAUUGGAAGUGUUUAUAAGAAGGCCAUGUUCCGACAGUACACUGAUGCCACAUACAGCCAGAAAGCCCGCCGACCCACCUGGUUGGGAUUCCUGGGACCCAUACUGCGGGCAGAGGUUGACGACGUCAUCGUGGUACACCUGAAAAAUCUUGCAUCCAGGAACUACUCAAUGCAUCCCCAUGGAGUUUUUUAUGAGAAGAACAUGGAAGGAGCCUUCUAUCCAGACGGGACAUCUGGUCACUUUAAGCAGGAUGACUCCGUACCACCGGGGGGAAGCUACACUUACCGCUGGGAGGUCAGGCCCGAAUUUGCCCCAACUGAGGACGACGCCAACUGCUUGACGUGGGUGUAUCAUUCUCACUUGGACGCCCCCCGGGAUAUCACCUCUGGACUUAUAGGGGCGUUGCUUACAUGCAAGAAAGGAAUCCUGCAGGAGAGUAGUGAGGAGGGCAUAGCUCGCAAUGACGUGGCACAGGAUGUGUUCCUGAUGUUUAACGUUGUAGACGAGAACCUGAGUUGGUACCUCGAGGACAACAUCCAGAGAUGUUCUGAUCCAGCUGGGGUCGACCGUGAUGCCGAAGACUUUGUGGAGUCAAACCUGAUGCAUGCCAUUAAUGGGUACAUGUUUGGUAACCUGCCUGGAAUUGAGCUCUGCCAGCAGCGUGCAGUGUCUUGGCAUUUGUUUGGCAUGGGUAACGAGGUGGAUAUCCACUCUGCCUUUUUCCAUGGAAAUACCUUACUGGACCGCGGCCACCGAACCGACGUGCUCAGUCUUUUCCCGGCCACUUUUGCUACAGCCGAGAUGAUCCCAACGGCGGUGGGCAAGUGGCUGCUGACCUGCCAAGUUAAUGACCACCUGCAGGCUGGGAUGCAGGCCUUUUAUCAAGUGAAGUCUUGCAGCAAUGAAACCGGCCCCAAAGUCAUGAGUGGUAUUGUCCGGAAUUACUAUGUGGCAGCAGAGAAAACGCAGUGGAACUACGGUCCCUCGGGAAAAGACCUGAUCCAAAAUGUUUCCCUGACGGAUGCUGACAGUCCAUCAGGGGCAUUUUUUGGUACAGAUGGUGGUCGGAUCGGCGGUACUUAUAUCAAGGUGACCUACAGAGAGUACACAGACAAUAGCUUCAGCACGGAAAAAUUACCGAGUUCUGUUUCUCCCCACUUGGGAAUCUUAGGUCCGAUCUUGAGGGCGGAGAAAGGAGACAUCCUCAAUGUUACCUUCUUCAAUCGGGCUGAUAGAAACUACAGCAUGCAUCCUCAUGGCCUGCACUAUGAAAAACGCUUCCAAGGAAGCAGCUACGAGGAUGGUGUUGACAAACCUGGCGCCCAUGUCGCUCCGGGGGAGACCUUCACCUACACCUGGCAGGUCCUGGAAGGUCCCUCAUCCUCUGACUCUCCCUGCAUCCCUUACCUGUACUACUCUGCAACAUCGCCAAUUGAGGACACCAACUCUGGAUUAGUGGGACCUCUGCUUGUGUGCAAAAAAGGAACGUUGGGGGAGAACGGAACUCAGACGGGUGUGGACAAGGAAUUCUUUCUUCUGUUUUCUGUCAUGGACGAAAACCUGAGCUGGUAUUUGAAGGAGAACAUCAACACGUUUGGUAGCAAUGAGACAAACGUAGAUGAUGAAGACUUCCAGGAGAGCAACAAGAUGCAUGCUGUAAAUGGGCUCAUGUACGGGAACCUUGUUGGACUGGACAUGUGCGCCGGGGACAAACUUAUGUGGUACACCUUCGGUCUGGGCACUGAGGUGGACAUCCAUGGUAUUUAUUUUGAGGGAAACACCUUCAAAAAGCAAGGCACCACGCGGGACACCCUCAACCUCUUCCCUCACACCACUAAUACUGCGGAGAUGCAGCCACAAACUCCUGGCACUUACGAAGUAAGCUGCAGAGUAACAGACCACUACUCAGGUGGCAUGAAGCAGCAGUACAGGGUGACCUCCUGUCCGGGCCGCAAAACAAAGACAACACAUACUGCGCCUACAAAAAGGGUUCAGUAUUUUAUCGCCGCUGAAGAAAUAGAGUGGGACUACUCACCCAGCAGAGAGUGGGAGCUGGAGAAACACCACAGCACACCAGAGGAUAGUCCAGGUAAUAUAUUUGUGGGGACAGGGAAGAACAGAAUUGGCUCGCGAUACCAGAAGGUCGUGUACAGAGAAUACACCGAUGAAACCUUCAGCGUUAAGAAAAAAAGGGACUCCAAUCAACAACACUUGGGAAUUUUGGGUCCGAUCAUCAAAUCAGAGGUGGGAGAACAGAUUGUGCUCAUGUUCAAGAACAAAGCCCAGCAUCCAUUUAGCAUUAAUGCACAUGGAGUAAAGCCAUUGACCUCUUCACUUCCUGUCCAGCCUGGCCUCUUGACAGUGGUGUCUUGGAAUGUACCGGAAAGCUCCGGCCCAGGGGAGUCGGAUCCUAACUGUAUAUCCUACGCCUACUACUCUGACGUUGACUUCAUCAAGGAUAUAUAUAGUGGUCUUCUGGGCCCGCUGGUGGUCUGCAGGCCGGGGACCCUGAACGGUGAAGGUCCGGACCGGCAGAGGCUUGACAUAGAGAAAGAGUUUGCGCUGUUUUUCAUGGUGCACGAUGAAAACCAGUCCCACUACUUGAAAGAGAACAUCAGAAAAUACCUCGGGGAAGACCCCGAUACCUUCAGACCAGAUGAAGACUUUGAGGAGAGCAACAAGAUGCAUGGGAUUAAUGGCAAUCUCUAUGGCAAUCUCCAUGGACUGGUGAUGACCCAGGGACAAAAGGUCGACUGGUAUCUACUUGGCAUGGGCAACGAAGUGGAUAUGCACACUGUACACUUCCAUGCUGAGUCUUUUACCUACAAGACUGACCGUGUACACCGCGCCGACGUCUUUGACCUCUUCCCCGGGACCUUUCAAACGGUGGAGAUGGUGGCUGGAAACCCAGGAACAUGGCUUCUCCAUUGUCAUGUGACUGACCAUAUCCAUGCAGGCAUGGAGACCACCUUCACCAUCAAUGAAUCAGAGAUCAAGUCACAUGCUCCAUCUCCUGAAGGUGCCUUGCAGAAGUUUUUUGUCUCCCUCACAUUUGGAGUUUUGCCCAUAGUUGUGAUGCACUGAGACUCUGGGAACUCUGAAAAUACACUGGAGAAAAAAGGGGCAUAAUAACACUUUAGUAUGUGCUUACUUGAUGUUGUUCCUUGAAAUGUUUAAUCAAGUCCAAAUAUUUGAAAGAAUGUGCGGGAAAUAGUACUACAGAAGCAUUUUAUUUGUAUAGAAAGAAGUUUUCUAUGUUGUCAUGUUGCACAAUGUUCAUUUACUCAGCUGGAUUUGCAAAUCACUGUUGCACCAAAUAUUUUGAUACAAAUCUAAUUAUAAAAUUAAAAAAAAUGUUUCUGUUUG